AAGGAAAUUCGCACCCCACUAACCCGGCUGUUAACACUGCAACAGUGGCAACUCGGCGAGGCAUGAGUAAGUCUUUACCGUCUGCGGCUCCGGGCAGAGCUGGCUAGAGAGAUAUGCUGGCGCUGGCCCUGCGAUAAAACGUGGCGCCCCUCAUGCCCUAAGUUCUUGAUCAUUGGAUUCCCUCACAUUUGUAUGCCCAACCUCGACUUUCCGUUGAUGUUUAUUGGUGAUGUGUCGGUAUAUCGAGACAUUUCACGAGUACAGCGGCUGUCGCCUGAAGGACACCCUUCCCAACGGCCAGCCCACCCGAUUCGCAGCCUUCGUCAAAGGAGUCACGAAUUUCGUUUCUGGGCAAAACCAUGGCGGUGAUGGAGCGAACGGGGAGAUUCAUGGGGAAGGAGGACCGGAGCAUCAUCAAAUCACAGAGAAGAACAUUUUGCAGUGCGAAGAUGCUGUGAAGGAUCCGAGGCAGAAGGACAAGCCUGAAGAAGACCGCGUCUGUCCGAACCCGAAGUAUUUGCGAGGUGAGGCGGCGAGGGAACAGAUCGAGAGUAUACAAUACACCAGACAAACUGGGACUUGCCCAGUUUGUGCUGCUGUAGAGAAGGCUAUCAGAGAAAAGACGAAUCCGACUGUUAUUCGGAGGUUUGAGCGAGGCCACAAAACUUCAGCGAAUGGUCAAAAGACACACGGCACUGCGGAUCCAAAAGGGGCUGGGACAACGAAAAAGGAGCCAAUUGUACACGGGCCCGUCAUGGUUAGAAAGCCUAAUAAGUCCAAGAAGAAGCAAGACGAAACGUGCCGUAUGAUGUAGAUGGGGAAAUAGCGAAUGUUCAUGGUAUUGGAGUCAUUUUAGAGAAUCCAACUCCUUUAUCGUCCCUCUUCUUUUCCCUCCCACGACUACGUUUCUUAUCCCAUUUGUCGGGGUCGGGAUCGUACUUGCGGGGCUUAUGCCUGGGGGUUUUGGCAUGUUCAACGUAUUUAUAUUUCGCGGCAGCUUCUCGAUCGGGCGACAAUUCCUGUGGCUCGAGGUUCAGGU